AUGGCUGUGGAGAUGUUGGUCUUGGGGCAGGAGUUGUUAGAAGCUUUUGAGAGUGGCCUCCGUGUGUUAGGAGUGAUUGUGAUAGCACUGCUCGGUCAGCUGGCGCUAGAAGUGGACGGCAUCCAGUGGUUCCUGUCCAAAAGGAGAUUCUUAGAGAUCAAGGCCAUCAAAGACAGAGGGAAGCCAGCUCUAUCCAAGAGCACAGAAGUUCCUGUGCACAGCCCUUGGAACUUCAGCUUCCUCAGAGACAGCGGCCAUGUCUCAGCCAGGGGACGACCGCAGUUCCAAUUCCUGCUCUGGGAGAGGAAAGAAGCAGCGCGGCGCGGUUCCCCGCGUUUGGAGGCAGCAGCCAGCAGGCUGCCAGAGAUCCAACGGCGCCUUGCAGCGCACAGAGGGACGCGAUGGGGACGGGCCAUCCUCACUGCCACGCAAAAAACAGCGUCUUUUGGUUUUGGGGGUGGAUGUGGGCUAACAGGACGGUGCUGCUCCUGGUGUCUGUGCAAUCACACUGGAUCUGUUGUUGCAGGGACGGAGCCUGCGCGUCCGUGGGAUGGUGCUGGGCACGGGGGGAAACGGAAAGCCUCCCCAGAAGCUGAUGCAAGCAGCCUUCCAGCCAAGCGCAGCCUUGCAGAAAGGCAAGGCAGAAGCACCGAGUGUGGCACAGCACCCAAGAGAGACAGAGGUGCUGAGCCCAAUGGAAAGAUCUACGCGAAAGCGGUGCAGGAGGUCCUUUCAGAGAGAGCUCGUCUCCAGGCUGGAGGGCUUCCUCCAUCAGCAGGUCCCAGCUCAGGGGGAAGACCUGCCCCUGCCGUGUGCCCCCGCUCCGUCUCCAAGUCCCUGGCUGGAGGGAAACGCAAGGGCUUGGAAGAAGAGCAGCAAACAGCAGCGCAGCUGCCUGCUACCAAAAGAGCGAGGGCUGAGAGCGGAGGCAGCGUGCUGGCUCCAGCAGCACAGCCUGGGCCUGCUGCAGCACGGAGCUCCAAGCUGAGAGCAAGAAGACGACAACAAAAAGAGAGGAGAGGGCAACUGAAGAAGGCUUCCCUCAGGGCUGCAGCUGCACAUGCAGAGUCCUCCGCCAUGAACAGCCUGGUGGAGAUGAUGCAGAAGCUGCAGCUGAACGACUGAGAGGAGGAGCAUCAGCAGGCAGCGCUGCAGUGCGCGGCGUUGCAGGGCAGCGUUCUGA